AAACAGGAGGAGAAGAGAGAGAGAAAGUGAGUCUCUCUUCGUUUGGUUUCUCUUCUCUCUUCCUUUCUUUUUUGGUUGGUAAAUUAAAAGAAAAAAAGAAAGAAGUCCAAAAAAAUGAGCACUGAACAAGCAAAGAGAAGCGUCAACGGAGCUCUGACGGUGAAACCGACAACCGACGAACGGAAGCUAUCUCCGGCUCUUACUGCCGAGUCGGCUACUUCACCAGCCAAGAAAGUCAUCAUCAAAAGCGCCGACAUGAAAGACGACAUGCAAAAAGAAGCUGUCAAUAUAGCCUUCUUCGCAUUUGAGAAGCACAAUGUUGAGAAAGAUGUAGCAGAGCACAUAAAGAAGGAAUUCGAUAAGAGACAUGGACCCACUUGGCAUUGCAUUGUUGGUCGCAAUUUUGGUUCAUAUGUAACGCAUGAGACCAACCACUUUGUGUAUUUCUAUUUAGAUCAAAAAGCAGUUUUGCUCUUCAAAUCUGGUUAAUCACGUUGAUAUGUUGAUGAAGGGUGAUGUUCAUGAUGAUCGUGAUGUCGGAGGCUUUUACUUAUGCUGGCUGUGGUUAGCACCUGUAUAUAUUAAAUGAAAACCUGCUUUAAUGUGAAUGCUCUGUCCUAAUAUUCUUGUGGCCAACUUGUAUAUUUUAUUUCACCUGAACUGGUUUUGAACCGUGGAUUGUCAAUUACGGUCUUCUGCCUCUUGGUUUCUUCGGCCUUAUUCAUUAUGUACUUCUAGUCGUGUUAAAUGCCUGUAAAAUAUGAAAAUUUUUCAUGUUAAAUUCGUGUCAGGUAGUGGAAUAAAGCUGCAUCCUGCAUGUAUCUAAUUCUAAUAACCCUC